AUGUCCGACUGCGAAUAUUUAACGGAACCCUUUGAUGAGGAGCAGGAGCGUGCGGUGGCGGGCUACGUGCACCCCGCCGUGCGCUCCUAUAUGUACUCGCCGAUGGGCGGUGAUUCGGACAGCCCUGAUGAAGCAACAGUGAAAUGCACUACUUGGUCGGAAGGUGCGGUAGCGGCGCGAAUUGAAUCGUCUGAAUCAGAAUCCAGUUCGUCUAGUGAAGGUGAUUCGGAAGAACGCGAGUAUGACACCCAAGGUGCGGAUGGCGAUUAUCGCACUUUGACGCCUUGUAGGCGUUUGGAUAAUUCCACUAGACGGGAUGAUAGUUUUAAAUGGUUGCCAACUAGUAACAUGGAUGACGAGUUAGAUGACCAGAUUUCUCAACCUAGAGGUGAAGAAUAUUCAGCAGCAAGUUUGGAAAGGCGUCGUCGCACGCCGGGUGAUCGGUUGGAACGCGACCGCAAAACAAGGUCAUCGCUAAAUUCCAAGCCACCACAACAUCCGGCAGGAGUGCGCGCUUCGCCACGCCCGCGACGGCCACGGAAUGACGAGACUCCUCCAGAUCUUCAAAGACGAUGGAACUCUUAUGAACACUUUCGGUGGCCGAUACCAGGUCCAGAGGGAGGGUGGUGGCCGCCGAUGUGCUGGUGCCACGGACCUCCUGUUCCACCACCAUGUUACAUGCACGACAGAGCUUGGCCAUCGAAUCCCUCGCUUCCGCCUAUGCCCACUAGAAAUUUUAAGAAUGAUGCAGAAGACCGUGUGCGUAGGCUGGAGGCUGACAAGGAGAGCCUCCAGCUACAAGUACAAGUGCUGUCGGAACAAAUCUCUGCGCAAACAGAGAAGAUGGCAGAUCUUGAACGUGCAUUGCAAGACUCGCGACAAAGACUUGACGAUGCUGAUCAGAGAUUACAGAAGGAGAUGCUGUUGCGAUCAUCUCUUGAAACACAAAAGUUGGAGCUAUUAUCGAAGUUAAGUGAAGUGCGUCUGCGCGCAGCUGAACGAGGAGUAUUAGAACGUUCACCGCCUCCCGAAUCCGUUGUCACAGCACUACCGGUGGCCAGACCUGCGCCUCCCAGAACUCCACCAGCGAACUACGGUCGUCAGAUCGAGCGCAACACGCACAUGUACUCGUCGCUGCCGCGCUCGUCGGUGGUGACGUCAGAGGCGCGCGUCGCCUUCGGUAAACAGAACCAAAUGCGGAGAAGGAGGAGAGCGGGGGCCGCGCCAGCCCGGCGGGCGGCGCCACGCUGCGCGCGCGCCUGGAGGGCGGCGACGGGCCGCGCGCCUCGCGCUCGCCCCACGCACCAGCGCCCGCGCACCAGCCCCAUGCCAUGGGAGACGACAGACGUUCGCGAAUGGGACUGUGAAACGACUUGCGGUUGGCUAGAGAGUCUCGGGCUCGAAGCAUACGUGGGUAACGCUCGCGCCUGGUUGGGAGCUUCGCCCGAAGCGCGCGGUGCUCUCGCCGCCGCAUCACACAACACUAUCGAAAAAGAACUCGCUAUCAAGCACCCGCUACAUAAGAAGAAGAUCGUACUGGCACUUACUGAUCUUUUGGGCGGGCACGGCGACCCGUGGCUGACGCUGGCGGGGCGGCUGGACACGGCGUGGACGCUGCGCUGGCUGGAGGACGUGGGCGUGUGCGGCGCGCGCGCGGCCGCCAGUGACGCGGCGCUGGACGCGCGCGUGCUGCACCGCCUCACGCACACCGACCUGCACGCGCACCUGCGCGUCGCGCACGCCACGCAUGCGCUCUCCAUCCGCAGAGGCAUCCAAGUGCUGCGCGACAACAAGUUCUCCCCCGACACGAUGAUCCGUCGCGCGGCGGAGGGCGAGGGCGCGCUGUCGGCCGAGGGCGAGCCCGUGGAGCUGCGCGCGGCCGACGUGGCGCGCUGGUCCUCGCACCGCGUCAUGCAGUGGCUCAACGAGAUCGACCUCGCCGAGUACGCGCCCAACUUGCGCGGAGCAGGUGUUCACGGUGGAUUGAUGUUGCUGGAGCCGCGUUUCACAGCCGAGCUGCUGGCUGCCUUACUAAACAUUCCAGCCAACAAGACCCUACUGCGGCGGCAUCUCACGCAAAGAUUUAAUGAUCUGCUAGGCAGGGAGGUAAUUCAGCAAAAACGCAACGCCGAACAGACUCUUGGCUACCAGCCACUGACUGCAACCACCAAAUAUAAGGUACCAAAGAAAAGCCAGUUCUCACUGAAGCGCAAGAAGAGCAAGGACGACCUGGAGCUAGGCGACCUCGUGUGUCCACUGCACGAUGACGGCUCAGGUGACAUAACCAACUCGCCAACGAUGAAAGUAAAAUCAGCGGCAGCGGACGUCGCGUCGGGUGUUUAUCCCCCGCGUGACGAGGCGCGGACACACUAG